CUCCUCCGCAUGCCUGCGAAGGCCGAGGGAGCUUUUUAGCAACUGCGGCUGCCAGCGUCGCCGCCGCCGCUGCCACCUCUCGGAGAGCUCGCCUCGCUAUUCUCCGGCAGCGGCUCUUCUGCCUUGAACGGGAGAGCGGGAGGCACAAAGGGGAGAGCCUUGCGGAGGUGGGGGGGGCGCUCGGGGGCGCCAGAGAAGUGCAGCGAGAGGAGGAAGUAGAAGAGGAGGAGGAGGAGGAGGAGGAGAAAAACAAGCACCUGGGGCUCGGCUGCUGCUCGCCUCGCCGCCGUUCUUCCCCAACCCCUCCGCCCGCCUCUCAUGCCAUUACAGCAACAAAGAGCACGCUGAGCAGCGGGCGGAGAGGCGCCCUGGCUCCGAGCUCCGUCAGCCCAGAAGGCGGCGGAGGACCAUGGCUAGGAAAGGGGACGCCGCUGUCUCCCCUUACGGUGAACCCAGAAAAUUUGAUCCAAAGUUCAGCGGACCUAUUCACAACAGGCAUUGCACAGAUGUAUUGUGUUGUGGGAUCUUCGUUGUUGUCAUCCUGGGUUACAUUGCAUUAGGAAUUGUGGCCUGGGUACAUGGUGACCCAAGAAAAGUAGCCUAUCCAACUGAUAGCUAUGGGCAGUUCUGUGGUCAAAAAGAUACACCGAAUGAGAACAAAACAAUUUUAUUUUAUUUUAACAUUCUGAAAUGUGCCAGUCCUAUAGUGCUAAUAAACCUACAGUGCCCUACAACACAGCUUUGUGUUUCAAAGUGCCCAGACAGAUUUGCAACCUACAUAGAAAUGCAAUCUUCCUAUAGAAGUUAUUGGGAGUACUACAAACAAUUUUGCAAGCCUGGAUUUACUAAGCCACGCAAGUCUGUAACUCAAGUUAUGCGUGAUGAAGAUUGUCCUUCUAUGAUUAUUCCAAGCCGGCCUUUCCUUAAGAGGUGCUUUCCUGAUUUCUCUACUAAAAAUGGAAUUCUGACUGUGGCCAACCAAACUACUUUCAGAGAUGGAAGAGGAAAAACACGGAAUGUAACAGAUCUCAGGGAAGCAGCAAAUGGCAUCAAUAAUGUUCUUGAUGCAAGAUCAGUUGGGAUGAAGAUUUUUGAAGACUACGCGAGCUCUUGGUACUGGAUUUUAAUAGGGCUGUUUAUUGCGAUGGUAGUCAGCUUGCUCUUUCUUGUGCUCCUGAGAUUCAUAGCAGGAGUUCUCUUCUGGAUUUUCAUCUUUGGUGUAAUUGGGAUUAUAGGAUAUGGUAUCUGGCAUUGCUACUGGGAAUAUCAUCGCCUUCAUGGAAUACCUGGUUCUGAUCUUACCAUCUAUGAUAUUGGAUUCCAGACAGAUUUCAGGGUCUAUCUGCAACUGAGGCAAACAUGGUUAGCAUUUAUGAUACUACUUUGUAUAGUGGAAGUUGUCAUUAUACUGAUGUUAAUAUUUCUGAGAAAUCGAAUUCGGAUUGCAAUUGCCCUUUUGAAAGAAGGUAGCCGGGCAAUUGGCUACAUCAUGUCUACAUUAUUCUAUCCAAUUAUAACCUUUAUUCUUAUCGCCAUCUGCAUUUCAUACUGGGCAGUGACAGCCGUUUUCCUGGCUACCUCAGGAGAACCUGUGUACAAAGUUAUGGCUAAUCAAAGUUUAUGCAAGUAUGCAAAUUUGACCUGUUAUCCAGAGACUUUCAACACUACUAAUGUGACCAAACUAUGUCCAGGGGCACAGUGUACAUUUGCUUUCUACGGGGGAGAAAGUCUAUAUCACCGCUACAUCUUAGUCUUUCAAAUUAUCAAUGUGUUUGUCUUUCUCUGGCUGGUCAAUUUUUCGAUCGCAUUGGGUCAAUGUACCCUUGCUGGUGCCUUUGCUUCUUAUUAUUGGGCCUUCCGAAAACCUGCUGACAUCCCACCCUGCCCUCUCUUUUCUUCAUUUGGACGAGCAAUACGGUAUCAUACAGGUUCUUUAGCAUUUGGCUCCUUAAUUCUUGCAGUGGUUCAACUAAUUAGAGUAAUCCUGGAAUACCUUGAUCACAAACUUAAGGGCUCACAAAAUGCAUUUGCUAAAUUCUUGCUUUGCUGCCUCAAAUGCUGUUUUUGGUGCUUGGAAAAAUUCCUUAAAUUUAUAAACAGGAAUGCUUACAUCAUGAUUGCAAUCUAUGGUAAAAACUUCUGCACCUCAGCAAGGGAAGCGUUCUUUCUUCUCAUGAGAAAUGUGGUGAGGGUUGCAGUCCUGGAUAAAGUAACAGACUUCUUAUUAUUCCUGGGUAAACUCCUCGUUGCUGGAGCUGUGGGUGUCCUAGCCUUCUUUUUCUUCACACACAGGAUACCAGCAUUUGCACAAGAAGCACCUUCACUGAAUUAUUAUUGGGUCCCCCUCUUGACCGUCAUUUUAGGGUCGUAUCUGGUUGCACACGGAUUCUUCAGUGUCUAUGCAAUGUGUGUUGACACACUUUUCCUCUGUUUUUGCGAAGACUUGGAAAGGAAUGACGGAUCUACAGCAAAACCUUACUACAUGUCAGCUAGUCUGCACCGGAUUUUGGGGAAGAAGGAACUGAGUCCCAAAAAGUUAAUGGGAUAAUGCUCAAAAUUGCAAGAGUGCUAGUUUUAAGGAAGAGGAGGGAAAAACAUUUUAAAAGCAGAAUGCGUAUAAUUUAGACAAAAGAUUUUUUUUUUAAAGUAUGACGCUUCUGGUUAAUAAAUCAUUUGUGUUGCUUUGUACUAUCUAAAAAAUAAGCAAACAGGCAACAUUUUCAAGACGUCUUUUUAACCGCUGUGAAAUAAGGUCACAUCAUAGUUUUUAUAGAGUGCCUAUGGGAAACGUGUAAAUGUGAAGCUUCUUUUUUUUAAUCUUUAGCUCUUAGUGUUUUAAUAACUUUUCUAACCUGAGAUUUUGCUGUCUGAAAUGACAGCCAUUUUGAUAACUUUUUUUAUAGGUGUAUAUUUGUAAAGGAUAUUCAGGCAAUUUUUCAAAGCACUACAAUGUAUCCUAAUUAGCCAUAAACAUAUCAAGAUUAUCGGUAACCAGCAGGUGGUCCUAAAUUUGUAAUGAUGGUGCUAUGGCUGUAUUUUUACUGUAUGUGCUGAUUGACAGCUACUUAAACUGUGACUAAAAUAUAUUAAUGGUUCCCUAUAAGGAAGGGCACAUUGCUAAUUCAGUUGCCUCCUAAAAGUUGAGAUGGAGAUAAAUUGGGCUCCUGCUGAUUUAUCUCUCUCUCUCAAAAAAAGGGUAAAGAUUCUUUAAAUAUCUUCACUUUUUUAAAGAAAAAGAAUGUCACACCAAUAUCUAUUAUUCAUUUUUUUAAAAAUGUAAGUCAUGCAAUAGCCCCUGUUCACCACCAGAUGCAAUAUUUAUGAGUGCAGUUGCAAAAUGUUAUUAAUAAUACUGGUUAAGAGUGCCAUGAUUUUAUAUGCCCUAUGUAAACAUUUUUUUCUAGAAAAAAAAUCCAUAAAAUAAAAUCCAAUAUUAGUUUUUCCCCCCUAUGGAAGAAAUCCUUGUAAACAAGUUGGUCUUUCCUAACUUAGUCUUCUGGAGAUUUGUUAGAACUUCUUCCCUACCAGUUCAAUCUUUGUUCAGUGUAUCUUUGAAGACAUCAGGUUGAAGAAGGUUGAUCUGAUCUAAAACUCAGAUCAUUUGCUUUUUGUCAUAUGUUUUUCUCCUUCUUCUUCUGCAUGACAAAGACAAAGAAUUAAGGCUCAUUUGCCUUUUAGGUCCCUCUUGCAUUAUUUAUAUGAACACGUGAUCAUUUUUCAUUCAGAGAGGAAAGAAAUGAGAGAGGUGUAAUAUGAAUGAAUAUUCCUUGUAGCUGAAGUUAAAAAACCUGGUCUUGAGUCAGAUAGAAAAAGACCUAAUGAGUAAAUAUCAAAAAUUAGUAUCCUGCAUCAUAAAAUAGAACGCAGUCUUGCGAAGAAAAAUGCAUUUUUCUUAUUCAUAACUGGAAUUCAAAAUGCAUUAAUCCCAUUUUAUAUUAGUAAAAGCUGGGGAGAGAACAUAUUCUAAGCAGAGUUCCUUCACAGUCAUGCUGCUUAUUUAGCAGUUAUCACAUAUGAAGUUUUAUUUCUGUUAAACAUUAAAACAAUGGGUAGCUUUAGUUAUACUGUUUCUCCUGGAUCAUGAGAGGCUUUUGAAAUAGGAUACAUUGUAUUAAAAAUAUGUAAUCAUGAAUUCCAUUAUCCCCUCAUGACAUUAUACUCUGUCAUUAACACAGGGGUGAUUGGUCUCAAUUCUGAUUGAAACUUGUGUCCAGAUUUGCAUCGGUAAUUCUCCUUUUUUCUCUAACUUAUUGCACAAAUGCCAAGCUUAUCAUUCUAAAAUUGGACCCUCCAAAAUUCAUUCAACAGAACAGCCUAGUUCUACCAUCAAGAUGGACUUGGUUUUAAGAUAAUUGGGGAGUUCAACCGAUAUUAAUUGGAUUAAUAUAGAAUCUUAGGUGGGUUUUUCCCCAGCAUUUUAACUCUUCUGUUGCAAAGAAGAAGCUUUUUCCGGAAGUCCAUUCUGUUAAAAGGAGCAAUUUAUUUCCAGAUGAGAAUAUUUUUUUGAGAAAGGUGCUUACAUCAUUUGUAUUCCAAAACACCUGAGAAAGCUAUCAGUCUGAAAUAAAUUAUAUAUAUGCACUCAGCUGAAUGGCCAUUUCAGUGAGUAGAUGUACUUUUUCACCCAGACAAGUGUAAUUCAUCCAGAUUUGCACAUAGUUAGCUUUCCUGGAGGAGGGAUUAUUUUGCUACCUACUACAGCAAAAACUGUUCUAGAAGGUUGAGGAGCUCUCUGGGACAACAGGAGUGAUGCAGGAGGAACCAGGAUCUGGUUAGAGUCAUUUGUCCUUCUCUCAGCUGGAGCCUCCAAAAGAGUGUGCCUAAUGGAAUGGUCCUUUCCAUUUAGAGGAAGGCAAAUUUGUUCCUUUCUGUGCUACUAAAAGGGAGAGCAAAUUAGUUUCCCUGCAUGCAAAUAUACAAAUUAAAAGAUGAAUAGAGCCUCUUAACUACAACAAUCUUUGAGCACUGAGCAAUCGAGUGUUAACUAUUUGGAAUGUCCCUAGAAGGCAACUUUUAUCCAUGGAUAACUGGACAGCAGAUUGAAUCAUAUGUAAUUCAUUAUUUUUUUAAAAAAAACACAUUUUCCCAUUGUAAUGCCUGUUCAAACAUUAGAUAAUGGCUAUAUAUGAACCCACCUAGCAUGCUGUUAUUAUCUUGGGAUAUAUAGCAGAGGUGGUAUUCAUCAGGUUCUGACCAGUUCUGGAGAACUGGUAGCGGAAAUUUUGAGUAGUUCGGAGAACCGGUAAAUACCACCUCUGACUGGCCCCGUCCCCAUCUAUUCUCUGCCUCCCGAGUCCCAGCUGAUCGGGAGGAAAUGGGGAUUUUGCAGUAAUCUUCCUCUGGAGUGGGGAGGGAAUGGAGAUUUUACAGUAUCCUUCCCCUGCCACACCCACCAAGCCACACCCACCAAGCCGCGCCCACAGAACCAGUAGUAAAAAAAUUUGAAUCCCACCACUGAUAUAUAGUAGGCAAAAUCAUUGACUUAAUCCUUGUUAAGCAUGUCCUUGCAUAUUAAAUCUUCGGAUUAGUCUUAAAUGUUUUCAAUUGAGAUAAAUUGAUGAUAUUCAUUUGAAAAACAGCAAGAAUGCACUUUUAAGUCACAAUACAACCAACAGACAUCAUUAGGUGUCUUUAGGAAUUGUUAGGUAUAACACUGAAUUGUUUCUAAAUAAUUAGAACUGAUUCUAACAAUUAUUAGAACAGGAGUGACAUCUGUAAAAUGUAUGUUGUUAUCAUACUGAUUAAAACAGGGGUUUAGCAAUCACUACAAAGAAGUUAACACAUAAAGGAGAAAAAACAAACUAAGAAUUUGCCAAAGAAGUCACAAAAUUACUUUUUUUCCACAUGCAAUCUUUAUUCUGGCCUGGUUUUUAUUUAACAAACCAUGGUUAAAAUAAACUGAUUUAAUAUGUGUGAGCAUAGCGGAUAGGCUGUACUUGAACAAGUAAACCCAGUCAGAAAUAAAAUGGAGAAAUGCCCUUAAGGGAAACAUUCUAAACAACUGGGGGAAAAAAGUGAAAAUGCUAAGCAAUAGCACUGAAAUUUGGCUGCCAUUCAGCCAAUUUGAAAUGUUCAAUAAUGGCAAAGUGUACAUCUGAUAGGCAAAAUUCCUGAAUAUCUUUCUCAGAAAUGAAUGAGCAUUAAUGUGCAAACUAAGUAAUAAUUUAUUUUUGAAAGGCAAAUAGCUUUGAACUUUGACUGAUGUGUUUCUUAAUCAUUAGGACAAACCCUACCGGUUUGUUAUAGUGUCCAUUUUAUGCAUAUAGUGCUUUAACAUAAAGCUAAAGCUUGAUCAAAUGCACUUCCUUGCUUUAGAGAAGUCAUAAUGUACUAGAGAAAUCAUUUCUUGAUGAGAUGAUAAGAUUGAAAUAGGCUUGGAUCCUGCACUCCUUCGAGUCAAGAGCCGAGACAAAGGCCUUCUUGAUGGAACUGGUGCAGCAUCUAGCCCACCUGAUUCUAAAGGGCUGAUUAUAUUAUUGUGCCAGUGUUUACAGUGUAAUAAAUGCCAAAACAUCCCAUGUGUAAUAUAUGUGAGAUAUAUAUAUCUCGCCAGGCAUUUGCUGUUGUGCACAAAAGAGCCAGCAGAUGGAAGUAUUGGAUUGGUUUCAUUUUUUGCUCUCUGCCUUUCUUCCUCCUAGUGGGAGAUUUAGAAAGUCAGGAUGGUUCUACCAAAAGACCUUAUUACAUGAGUAAAUCUCUGCUGAAGAUACUCAACAAGCAUAACAUGCAAAGCAAAAGACAUUAGAGAAGGUGGACUGUCCUGACCACAGCAUUGCAUUGGGUCUGGUGCAUUGUUUCUGCAAUACGUUGUCAGCUUUUACUUGUGCAAGUUUUAUACCAAAGCUAUUGUACCCCGUGAAACCAUCUGAGUUUGUCGUGACACCAAUCUUUAAAAUUCCAGGGACAGAGGAAACAUGAGAGAUUUCUUUUUUUCCCCCUUCUCUCUCUCUCUUGAUUUCUCUCUUUAAUUAUUGUGGCUUGGAUAUUAAAAUGUUGGCUGUUGUUUUCUUUAUUUUUCUUCUUUUAAAAAAGAGGUAUGAAAUGUUUUACUGUUAAAAAUUUUGUCCUAGGUGAGUAAACAGAUUUUUCAAAACAAGGUUAAGAGUUUCCAAGGAAGAAAACCUGUAAAUGUCCUUUUUCAAUAUAUAUGGUCAAAGAAUAUGUAAAUGUCUCUUGACUGCAUUUCAAGUUUUGUCACUUUCCUAGCCUGUACAGCUGUGUGCUCCAAUACAAAGUGCCUUACUGGCUAUUGGUAUCAACUAGUUUAUGUUCCGAAGUUUACAAACACCAUUUGAACCAUUAAUCUACUAUUGCUUGAAACAAAAACUCUCUUUCGAUUUACUUGAAAGUAUUGGUACAAGUUUGGUUGUCUUAUGUAGUUGCAAAUGUUAUAAAAUCUGUAUUUUCCCACCUCCAUCUGCUCUAAAAGCAAAGCAGUGGCCAAUAUAACAUUUAGGUUUUUCAGCUUAGUUUUAUCCAGCUUGAUUUAUAAUUCAGGAUAUUGAGUCUCUGCUGACUUUCCACUUCAAAAUAUGUUGCAAUCCACAUAUAAACCUUGUUCUGGGGGCAUUUAUUCAACUUCUUCAAUCCAGAUCAGAAAUAGGUAUGCCAACUUUUCAGCCAGAUGUUUUAUCUAUCUUCUGAGCGGCAAUUUGACCCACCACAAUUAACAAUAAAUAUUUAUUGCCUUUCUAAGAAAUAUUAUCAGAUGAUCCUAAUUUUAGAAAGUCUUUCCUGCAAAAGAAAAGUAGAUUAGAUAGAAAAAAUUAUAAAGAAAGAAAAACUGCAAGAGCAAUGCCAAGAUCUGCAUCCCACUUUCCCCCAAUCUAUCUAGGGUGGCAUCAACUCCAAGAUAAACCAGACCAGCUUCUCCUAUCCCAUGUCACAAAACCAUAUCUGCACUUGUAUACAUACCUGCCAAAAGCCACAUGACAGAAAGAGCAGGUCAAGAUUUUUUAAAAAACUGAAAUAUUAACCACUAAUUAAUAUUGCCUGUAAAUUAAGGUAUACAGGUAGUCCUUGACUUACCAUCAUUCAUUUAGUGACUGAAGUUACCACAGCACUGAAAAGAGUGACCUAUGACCCGUUUUCACACAACCACUGCAGCAUCCCCCAUAGUCACAUGGUCAACAUUCAGGCUCUUGGCAACUGGCAUGUAUUUAGGAAGGUUGCGGUGUCCCAGGAUCAUGUGAUCACCAUUUGUGACCUUCCAGCUUCCAACGAACAAAGUCAGUGGGGGAAGCCAGACUCAACACUUAACCACGAUUGAACUUCACAACACAGUGAUUCACGUAACAACAUAGCAUAAAGGUCAUAAAAUGAAAUAAUUCAGUUAACAACUGCCUAGCUUAACAACAGAAAUUUUGGACUCAAUUAUAGUCAUAAGCCGAGGACUAUCUGUAUAAUUGAAUAUGGAAAACAAAAAACACAUUUCCUUCCUUCCUUCUUCCUUCCUUCCUUCUCCCAGCAAAAGAAGAAACAUAUAAAGGAUAUGAAGUGAGGGAAAUGGGUAGAUGUGCAAGAAAGCGCGGGGGGGGGGAGCCUUAUUUAGGAAUUGCACAAAAGGCUGGAAACUCAUUUGGCAACUCUUCCUCUGUAUGAGGAAGAGUUAUUCAAAGUGCUUGUGCUUUUCUGCAGCGAUGUUUGCACUCCCUGCCCAUUUUUUUUUGCUUUAUUAGCCAACCUAGGAAGAACCUUGCUCCCUUUACAGAUUUGAAGGAGCAUGAAACAGCUGCUCCAGUUACAGCCACAGGGAUCAGCUGUGAAGUUGGCAGUCCUACAGACAAGCUCCCAUGUGAAUGCUGGGAGGAAAAAGAAAUAUUUUUCUUGUUUGGCCUUGUAUGUGUGAUGCCUGUAGAUAUCUCGGCUUUCAGAGCUGAUGAAAACCAUGCCGGGGGUGAGUGGGUGUUGUUUCGUAAAGCAGAGCUCCAAGCCUGCGGCUUGAGCGAAGUAGGGCUGCACCCUCGGAAUUUGUGUGCAUGCUUAAAUUACCGUUCUGUUGGUUGUCUGCAAAUGCACACCUCAUGAUUAGCUCAGAGACACCCCCACUCAAAGCAUAGAAAACAUGGGUGCCAAACUGUGUUGCAGUGCUGAGCAUUCUCGCUGAGCAUUCCCAGGGAGGAAUAUUUUCAAGGAAUGGAAGCUUGGAAGAGUAUUUUGCAAAGUAGUCCUCUGAACGCUACGGCCAUUUAGUAAUCAUUACUCUGAAGUUACAUGAACGAAUGUUACACUAGCAGUGGAAGUUGUGACUGGAUAGCACUGCUACUUAACCACAGGUAGAAUGGAUAUGUCCCUUUAGUUUUGCAUGUGCCCUUGCUUUUAUCAGGACAGUUAUAGCCCCUGUUAAUUUCAAUUAAUAAAUACUACUUAACAAAACUUACAAUAUUGCAGUUUUUUAAAAAGCAUUUCUUAGGUCUAAUAGGACAACAGGACAUCUAAGAGUGUAAACUUUACAUGUUUGCUCAGAAGUAAAUCCCACUGAAUUAAAUGAAACUUGUUUGUUUCCUACAGCUAUCCCAUACUUUGCUCAGUGUUACAAUAUUAGACACAAAGCUUAACUGAAUUUAUUUGGUAGCAAAUCCCCUUGCUUCUGACUAUCUGUGCCUAGGUUUGUGGAAUUAAGGGUAAAUUUUGGCUUUAUUAAAAUUAGAAACACUCAUUAUUGCCCCUGGAAUCAAGAUAUAUUUUUAGAGCCAAUUAUACAUCUUGUACUUCCAUGCACUAAUUAGCGAAGUCAGAAUCACUUCAUCAUCAAUUAUUCUAUAAUUUAGAGUCCUGUUUUGUAAAGUACAAGAAACUGGAACAAGGAGAUACAUAUAGUACACUGGUGUAAAGUAUUUAUUGCUUUGUUAACAGGUGUUAAAAGGCUAUUUCAUUUCUAAAAUCCAUCUAAAGAUAAGAUGUUAUUUUAAAGGAUGAAUUUUAAUUUUCUAACUUUUGAUACAAUCUAUUAUUCCCCUUCUCAAAUGUUAAUUAACAUUUAUAGUUCAUGGUAAUAAAAGAGAAUAGCUUCUUAGUUUCUGAGAUGUAUAUUUAAUACUUCCUUAAACAAUGCAGCCUGUGAUAAGGGGUACAUCACCAUUUCAAAUAUGUACUCGUAAUUUGCAUGGUAACAAAUGAAGGACGUUUUCUGUUUCUUGGCUGAUCACAUUUCUACUUCAAAUGUGAUUUUUAGAGACUGUUUUUGUGCCCAAACCAAAUUAACUUGAGCACAUGGCCGUCUGAACUUUAAAAUCUAUUUGCUUCUGCUGUGCAGAAAUUUUAGAAACAUAUUGUUGAAAAUAUCUUUGCAGAACUUAAUAUUUAACACAAGUUGUUGUUACUUAUUGUUUAACAGCUCUUAAGAUUUGUUCUAAUAAAGGUUUAGAUAUAAAAUGA